ACGCCAGCGAGUUGAGUCGCGUCUUUUUAUCGAUCCAAACGCGAGCCACAGGGACGACCAGGGAUCAAAGGAUAACAAUUAAUUCUACGAUUUCGAUUUUGUUUGUGUUUUUUUUUUUUGUGUACCAUGCAAUUCGCCGGAAUACCGUUAGUAGUGGCCUUGCUAAGCUGCUGCCUUUUCUUUUUGGCAUCUGCCACAACAACUACUUCCGAUCCCGUUGCUACUUCUUCCGCUUCAGAAGCUAAUUCGUCUUCCAAGCUCAAAAGAGACGCGGGAUUGAGCUAUGGCGGAAUCUCAAGCUAUCACGGCCCCUCCCACAAAUAUCUGCCGCCCGCUUACGAGAACCGCUUGAACUUUGGCAGUUUCCAUGGAAACUCCUUGGGCUCCGGUGGUUACUCCAGUUACGCCAGUCACUCCGAGGGCGAAAGCGGUAUCGGCCAUCAUUACGGACAUUCCGGGAGUCCCAGUUACGUCAGUUCUAGUGGUCACGGAAGACCCCAUCAUAAUGACAUCAGUGGAAGUCCCAAAAUAGAAACCUAUAUUGUUCAAACUACCGGUGGUUUGGGUUCUGCUCACAAUUACCAUGCUCAGGGGCAUGGAAUAAGAAACGGAAUUGGACACGGAACAAGUCACGGACACGGGCAUUCCCACGGAUCCGGAUUGGGCUACAAGUAUGCACCAUCCUCUGCUGGAUCUUAUCUGAAUCUUCUGGGUAACAGCCACAAAACUAGUACCUAUGUUGUGGCCACUCCCGAGUUCGCCAGCAGUAGCAGUCAUGGUGGAAGCAGUCACGGAAUCGGCUAUGGAUCGGGACCAGUGCACAGGCCUAGCUACGUCAGCCACGGCUACAGUCACGGCUUUGGCCAUGGCAUUGGCCACCAGACCAGCCAUGGACCCAGUCACGGACACAGACCCAGCUUGGAUCAAAGCUUAGACCACGGCCUGGAGCACGCCUUGGAGCACGGACUGAGCCACGCAUUGGGACUGGGUCACUCCUCAGGAGGAGGAACCGUCGGAGGAGGAGCGUUGUUCGCCCAGCACCCGUUGCCUCAGCCAGCAGAAGAGCAUGCUGGCUACUCUUACGAUGCCCCAGCCACGCCCUUUGGCAAGGGAGUUCCCCUGAGCAGUUACGGUGUUCCCCUUAUUCCCGGCUACGAUCACCAGGAGUCCCUGCAGGAGCCUGUGCAAGUGCAGGUCCUCGAGCAGGAGCAAAAGGCAGAGCGGGAUCAGGAGAGGGAGACCCCUGUGUAUGCCCUAGGCCACAAGGGAUUGGGACACUUUAGCUACACGGCCAGCAAGCCCCAGGCUCUUCACACCGACGUCCUAGGCGCCUCCCAUUCCGCGACACCUAGCCACGACCUAGAGCUCUCCAAGGUGCCAUUCAAGCCAAGCGCCUUUUUGGGGGCCAAGCACGAGUCCGGGUCCAACUCCAUUUCCGGCUACGACUACGCCACGCCCAGCUCUCCGUUCCUACAGGCUCCUUCUUCGCCAGGCUACGACUACUCGGCGCAGCUCUACGGACCACCCGGGCAGUCCGGUGACUCGGCCACGCCCAUUUUCGAACCCGAGGCCACUUACUUACCGCCUGCCAGUAGCUACGGUCCACCGGCCUCAUCAUCCCAUGGAUACCAUUAAAUUAUUAUACUAUUUUUAGGUCCUAGAGUCGUCUUUAUUUUUUUUAUACCUAUCUAUUGUCUACUGUAAGCCAAGAAUAACCAAUA